AUGGGGGAUAUCGGAACCCCUCCUCGAUGGAAAGACCCCGAAAUCCAGCAUCAAGUGGAUAUUGCACUGCUUGAAGUCGACGCUGCCCAAAAAGAAGCAGAUGAAGCUCGGAGAAAAAUCGUGCCCCUUUUGUCAAGGCUACACCGAGGCUCGGUGCUGUUUCCAAGGUCGCAGGGCUACAGAUACUCAGUCUCGGUUCGAAAUCUCCGCUACCAGGGGUUGAAGUUGACCAUCCGAAGUGGUGAACACUCGAACGCUGCGCACUGUUUGAACGACAAUGGUAUCGUUCUUGAUAUGCGAAUGUUGAACAAAGUAGUCAUCCAACCUAAUCAUGACAUAAUCUACGUGUCUGGUGGUGCGCUGUGGAGGGACGUAUACAAAGAGCUGCAUGAUAGAGAUCCUCGUCUUGUCGUCGUGGGUGGCCAGUGUCCAACCGUCGGCGUGAGUGGUUUCUUACUUGGUGGUGGUAUAAGCUCAUUUUCCCGCUCGUACGGGCUGGGCAUCGACAGCAUCGAAGCGAUAGAGAUCGUCAAAGCGAAUGGAGAACUGGAUAUCGUGAGCGCAGAGAAUCAUCCAGAUCUCUUCUGGGCACUUCGUGGCGGAGGGGGCGGUAAUUUUGGCGUCGCAACCGGGUUCUUCCUGAAGGUCCAUACGCUCAAUCAUCCCGAAGGAAUGGUGACUUGUGCGCUAUGCGGCGACGCGCUUUGGCGAUACAGGAGAGACCGCAAAACGAAGGAGAAAAGGCUUUGGGCAGAGAUAACGAUCAUGUACAACGGUGGAAAGAAAGACUGUAACAGCGAGUUGGCCAAGGUUCUGCGUGGCGAACCUGAUGUGAACACACUCAAGGAGAUGAGAUUCUAUGACUGGGAAGUUGGAGGUGAGGCGUUUGCCAACCAUUCCCAAGUCCAUCAACACUACUCCUCUGUUAUCAUUGAAAAGGGUAGAAUGACAGAACACAUCAUCAAUCUCAUCACCGAUUGGAUGAUAUUAAGAAAGGAGCAUGAGCUUGAAAGCGAAAAUGGGAGGUGUCACGUUCUUUGGGAUCAUAUUGGGGAACAAACAAGCCAAAAGAAGCCGGACGAAACAGCCUUUCCAUGGCGCACCGGGGAGUAUGCAUUUUCGAUGAAAGCAAGCUGGAACGAGGAAGAGAAGGAGAAUGAAAUGAUUGCAGAAGUCCAAAGACUCCGGGAUGAGCUAACGAAAUAUGCCAUUGGAGGGAAAGCGGCGUAUGUGAACUUCAUCGACAAUACAUUAACUGGCUGGUGGGAUGCAUAUUACGAUACCAACUACGAAAGCCUCCGGCAGCUGAAGGAGACCUAUGAUCCUGAAGAUUUCUUCGAAUUUCAGCAGAGUAUUCGAAAACCUAGGAGCGACCAUCCAGAAAUACAUGCUGUACCAUCACGCAGUGCUGCGGCCCAUAAGGGGGAACAGGACGAGAAGGAUGAUUUCCUUGAAGAUGUCGAAAAGGAUACCAUGCAGAUUGAGAAACCAUUCUCUCAAGAUGCACCCGCGGAGUCAGUAAGCGAUUUCGGAUGCGGCAGUCUUCAAAGUGGGCGUUGUUUUGCAAUGUCUUUGAAGCGAUACAUUCUCGGUCUAUUUGCUAGAAUAAAGUCAUAA